CCAUCGGCACUACUAGUAGCUGCCAAAUUAAACUCGGUCCGUAGCCAUAUAGGCGGGCUAGUGCUUCCCCCGUUCCGUCCCUCGCCGUCCGCCUCCACCGGGAUCUGCCGACGGAAUGGAGGCGGUAGACGACACCACUUCCCUGCAGGCCGCGAUUCGAUGGCUGCUGCAGACCAUCCUUCCCAGCCUCGGCAAGCUGGACGGGUGGAUUCGCCAAGCAGGGCUCGCCGGCGAGGUGGAGGGGCUCAGGGACGAGAUCGACCAAGUCGACGGCGUCGUCUCCGCCGUGAACGCCAGGGCGACCCGAAACAGGUCGGUGGCCAGAUCCCUCGCAGCCGUCAAGGAGCUGCUCUACGAUGCCAACGACGUGGUCGACGAGCUCGACUGCUGCAGGCUACAGCAGGAGCUCCACGGAGGCCCUUGGCAUUGGCACCCUCCCAACGAAAUUGACAGACCAAGUAACCAGCUGCCAAAUUCUUCAAGCACCGGUGGCACUACCAGAAAUGCAACUGCUGAUAGUUCAUCUAGAAGAAAAAGGAGAAGGGGCAAGGAUUCAACAGACGUCGCCAUAGCCAACAGAUGCCCUUGCAACAAGGACCAAAUUUCGAAAAAAAUACAGGACACAACAAGUCAGUUGCGAGAAAUCCGAGGGAACGUGCGACGGGUUCUCAAGAUGCUUUGGCCAGGGUCUCGUGCAGGUCCAAAUCGCUGCCAGAGUACAACCACCUCAAACCCACGCCGGGGCACAUCAAGUCUUGUUCAAGGGAAAGUGUAUGGGAGAUCUCAAGAAAAGAGUCACAUCUUAGAGUUGAUAAAAGAACGCAAAUCAGAUGCUGGGAUGACUGUUCUGCCAAUUGUAGGCGUUGCAGGAGUUGGGAAGACGACUCUGGCUCAACUUGUAUACAAUGAUUCAGAUUUGGAGAGUCAAUUUGACCUCCGGAUGUGGAUCUGGGUCUCUAGCAGCUUUGAUGAAACCAGAGUCACAAGAGAGAUGUUAGAUUUUGUCUCCCUGGGAGCACAUAAAGGGAAAUGCAGGUUUCCCAAGCUUCCGGAAGUCUUGAAGGAUCGUGUUAAAUCAAAGAGGGUUCUACUUUUUUUGGAUGACAUUUGGGAUGACAUAAGUGAUUGCCAAUGGAACAAUCUAUUAGCACCUUUCAAGUCUGACAAUGCAAAGGGCAGCAUGAUACUCGUGACAACUAGAAUACCAUCUGUUGCCAAAAAGAGAGGUACAACUGGACCGAUUAACUUAGAUGGUUUGAAAAAUGGUGAUUUCUGGCUAAUGUUCAAAGCGUGUGCAUUUGGUGAUGAGAACUAUGAAGAGCAAGAUAGUCUGGGUGAGCUUGGACGGCAGAUAGCAAAAAGCUGCCCUACAAUUUACAGCAAUGCUUCUCAUAUUGCUCUAUAUUCCCCUAUGGCUAUCAUUUUCUUGCUGAGGAGCUGGGUAGUUUCAAAAACAGAGUGUGCUGCUAUGGAUGGUCUGCAGUACAAUGAAAUAUUGCCAAGCAUACAUCAUUUGUCUAUAGUAACGGAUGGUCAGACUGAGAACAUACCUGGUAGUGAGAAGUUUGAAGAAAAAAUACAGAGCAUAUUUACAUCAGUGGAAAAACUAAGGACAUUUGUGUUGAUUGGGCAGUAUGAACCUUCCUUCUUCGAAGAAGUUUUCCGAAAGGCAUAUAAUUUGCGUGUAUUGCAAAUUUCUGCAACAUCUGCUGAUUUCCAUUCAUUACGGUAUAGUUUGGUGAAUCUUAUACAUCUUAGAUAUCUAAAACUCGAUGGUCAUGGUGAGCAGGGGAGCUGCUCGCCUCAAGUUCACUUGUAUGAUAAUUCUGCUGUUCGGGAUAAUGCUACCUUCCUUGCCUUGCAGAAUGUGUGUCUAGAGAAUUGCAGAGAAAAGCAAGCAGUUCUAUCUCUGGAAAACCUUCCAUUCCUUACAACAUUGAAGUUGACCAACAUGUGGGGAGUAAGAGAAGUACUGAUUCCGUCAGUGGAGGAGCUAGUUUUAGUUAACAUGUCCGGGUUGGAGAGAUGUUCCUGCACUUCCUUGGGGAAUCUGGUCUCUAGUUUAAGGGUACUGGAGAUCCGGAAGUGCAGUGCACUUAGGGUGUUUGAUCUGUUCGAGAAAGCUCACAGCUCGGAAACUCAGCUUAAGCCAUUGGAUGCCCUACAUCUGCAUUCCUGCACAUCUCUGGAAGAUUUGAGAAUUGAAGACUGUGGAGGGAUCAUCGCAAUAGAGGGCCUUCACCUUGUGAAACUCAGGCAUUUGAAUGGGCUCACCUGUCUCCAGAGCCUAAUAAUUCAAAAUUUGAAGUGCAAGGCCAGGAGACUAACAGAGGAUCAAGAGAGCGCGCUUCUGCUCCACAAGUCCCUGCAAGAGCUAGUGUUUGGCGAUUGUGAGUACCUCGUGCAUCUUCCUGCAGGACUGCACAGCCUUCCUGCCCUCAAGAUAUUGAAGAUCAGAAGCUGUUGCAGCAUAUUAAGGCUUCUGAAGGAGGAACUCCCACCUUCGCUGGUGGAACUGGAAAUCGACUACUGCAGCGUUGAGUUGGCAAAACAAUGCAGAUUGCUAGCAACAAGCAAGCUAAAUGUCAUAAUUUAUGAGGACUAUGACCAAGAAGAAACCGAUACUUCUUCCCGGAUACGUCCUCGAUACCUCUCAGGCUUUAGUAGUGCCGGUGGUGGGCUCCUUUUUCCGGUGCUCCCGCUCCCCUUCUCCCCACUAUCCUGUAGAAUUCUAUCUAAUGGAAGGCUGCUGAUUUCCUUCUCCUCCUCCCUUUCUCUCUAACUUCACUUUUAUGUUUGGUUGGAAUUGUAAGCAGUUGUAUCAUUGUAGGCCAUCUGUGUUUCAAGAAAAGAAGCUAAAUAAAGCAAAACCAGGAGUCAUGCUGCCAUGUUGUAGAAGUUACUAUCUCUCUGCCAUAUCAACCAAAGCAGUGGAUGAUGUGUUCUGUUGAUCGUUCACAACUUAACCCGAAGAAGCCAGUCCAAAAAUUCCCUUGCGACGACGCCAUGCACAAAUGAUAGGCCGACCAGAUCCAUAGGCCCGGAUAGAUGGAAUUCACAUUUUGCUUCUUCAGAAAUCAGGAUGGGCUUGCCUGUAAACAGAAACUCUUACCUCCAUGUGUCAUAGAUUUGGGAUGACCUCCUUGUUCCAUCUCUGGUUGUAGUUU